UAGGCAAUGGUCAUAGCUAGAUGAGAUCCAGUUUUUGUCAAAAUAACGCCAAACAUUGACAAUUUUAGCUACCCCUAAUCGUAACCUAAUUAUCCUAACCUGCCACAUCAAUUAUUUUAACACGCUGCGUAAAUUGUCCUGAUCUGCUGCUAAGAAAAGUACAAUCUGAAGUUAAUUUGACAAAAGAUGGAUCCCUUCUAGCCAUGACCCACUGUGACCGUUCCUGGUACUAUCCCGAAGUGUUCUGAACUUCCCUACCGCUUCCUUGGUCGGUUUGCCACCACUGUUGCCGCUAUGUUAUCGCAUUCCCGAUGUCUUUGCCGGACACUUGGGCGCUCUCUGUCUGCGCUAAGUCAGGGGAAUAAUGUUCUGGCUGGAAGGACUGCUUCAGGCCUCUCCGCUGGCAACAGGAUUGUCUACAGGAACAGUCAGUUAUGUGAAUUUCCGUCAUCAAUUGUUGUCUUCCACGUCAGAUACUUCAAGACGUCUGCAGCACGCAGGGAUGACGUUGUCACCGUCAACACCCCUCCGUUCUCUGAGUCGAUCACAGAAGGGGACGUCAGGUGGGAGAAAGCUGUUGGAGAUUCAGUGAAAGAGGAUGAGGUGGUGUGUGAGAUCGAGACUGACAAGACCUCGUUGCAGGUGCCGUCUCCGGCGGCCGGUGUGAUCACGGAGCUCCUUGUGCCAGAUGGAGGGAGGGUAGAGGCCGGGAAUCCCCUCUUCAAACUCAAAAAAGGAGCUGCAACAGCCAAAGCCGCCGCCGCCCCAACCCCAACCCCAACCCCGGCCUCCAUCCCUGUCGCCAUGCCCCCGGUACCCACCAUGCCAGCACAAGCAGCACAAGCCAAACCUGUUUCUGCGGUCAAGCCAACUGCAGCAGCACCGGCAGCAGCACCAGAAGCUCAUGGGACCAGGAAAGAGAGCAGGGUGAAGAUGAAUCGUAUGAGGCUGAGGAUCGCCCAGAGGCUGAAGGAGGCUCAGGAGACCUGUGCCAUGCUCACCACCUUCAACGAGAUAGACAUGAGCAACAUCCAGGAGAUGAGGACUCUCCAUAAAGAUGCUUUCCUGAAGAGACAUAACAUCAAGCUUGGCUUCAUGUCAGCCUUCGUUAAGGCUUCAGCCCAUGCUCUCAUGGACCAGCCUUCUGUCAACGGAGUGAUCGAUGAUACAACCAAAGAGAUAGUUUACAGGGAUUAUGUUGACAUCAGUGUGGCUGUGGCCACUCCGAAGGGACUGGUUGUACCGGUUAUUCGCAACGUAGAGACCAUGAACUUUGCUGACAUUGAGAAAACCAUCAACGGUCUGGGAGAGAAGGUAAGAAAGCUUUGUUUGAAUGGGAUGAAUGAGCUCGUAACACUCGUAACAAUACCUGGCUGUGAGGACACUGGAUGGGGGACCUUCACCAUCAUCGGGAGUGUUCGGUUCCAUGUUCCCGCCCAUCAUCAACCCACCCCAGUCUGCCAUCCUGGCAUCGCAUCUUCACACCUUGGCCAUCGGCGCAAGGUGGAGAUCCGGCCCAUGAUGUACGUGGCUUUGACCUACGACCAUCGCCUGAUCGACGGCAGAGAGGCCGUCACCUUCCUGCGUAAGAUCAAGUCUGUGGUGGAGGACCCCCGGGUUCUUCUGCUCGACAUGUGA